UCGGGAUUGCGCUUAUUCGCGUGUGCUACCUUUUCAGUGGAAUCGUCUAAAGGUGCUUUAAUUAAAACAAAUAUACGUGUUUUUAUAUUGCCGGCUUCUAUUUCAUUGAGGAUCGAGGCUCUUUUAAAGUUUCGUCGUUCUACCGAUGGCGCUUUAGAAUCGGGAAAAUAUAUACUCAAAGAUGUACUCCAAGCUGUGGCAGAGCUGGGCACAAACGAAGGGGUGAUGUUCGAGCAGUUACUGCCAGCCAUGGGGAAAAUUCUGAAAAAUUCCAAACCAAACCUAGGCGAACACAAAAUAAGUGCAGAUUGCCUGCAUACCGAUAGGUCCCCGGGAAAGGAGUUAUACGUCCUGGAAGAUCUAGGCGCCCUGGGUUACACCUCCCUUAAUCGCUAUGAGGGUCUUAACUUGGCAGAUGCCAAAAUUUGUCUGCGGAAAAUGGCUCAAUUUCAUGGUGCUUCCAUGAUAUUGUACCAAAAUCAUCCCGAAUUUUUCUCAAAACUUUCGCCAUCGAAUUAUGCCCAGGGAAUAUCAGACUCUUUUGCAAAGGGUAUCCUCCUAGAUGGCACGGAAUUCGCAGCAGAUUUAUUUGCCGAAGAAUUACCGGAAAUUUCAAGAAAAAUGAAGGCUCAAAUACCGGAGGUUUAUUCCCAAAAAUUGCAAAUUGUUGUUGAUCCAAAGAAAGCCAAGUUUAAUGCUAUUGUUCAUGGUGAUCUUUGGGUGAAUAAUAUGAUGUUUGAUAGGACUAACAAUAGGGCAAUACUUGUGGACUUUCAAGAUUGUUUUUGGGGAAGUCCCGCCAUUGAUCUGCAGUACUUUUUUUACACCAGUCUUCAGCUGGAAAUUCUUCUUAAUAAGCAAGAUUAUCUUCUAAAGCACUAUUUCCAUUGUCUUCAAGAGACCCUACAUCUUUGUGGCUUCAGGGAACCCCUGCCCACUUUUGAUCAACUAAAGGAAGAGAUGCAUCGUUGUUUGUUCUAUGGAUACUACGCUGUGACCUGUGAGCUACCCUUAUGUUGUGUCUCCGGUGAGGCAAGUGUGAAUUUCAAUUUAAACACCCUUGGUGAUCCAGUAGCAAUGAAGAGCAAACGUCACCAGCUGUUCUCUAGUGAGCGAGUGCGCAGAACGGUUAAAGCCAGUCUGGUAGAGUUUGAUCAACAGGGUAUAUUGGAUAUUCCUUAAAUAAAUAAAUAAUAGUUUUUCAUUGAUUUUUAAGAAAUAAAGUUAGUA